UGAUUGAAAAUUAAGAUCGUUCAACUUCAAAUUUUUAGUCAUUUUCUGUAUAAAAAAAACAACAGACGAUAGAUAAGAUAACAACAUUAUUAAUUUCUUGAUCCAAUUGGUACUUGUUCGUAAUACUUUUUAUCACUAAAAUUAUCUAUUACUACGGUAAAUAAUAUAAAAGAUUAUUUCAUUUUCAAUUGUUGGCUUAUUGAGAAAUACUAUUCUAUUGUUCAGUUUUUAAGUUGUACAACUCAUGAAUAUUAAUUGUUGUUAAAUAUAUAGUCAAGUCUUAAGUUCAAAAUGUUUAAAUUAAGAAUAUUACCGCAAACCACAUCUCUUAUAAAACGAACUAUGUCAAGUCAAGAAGCAGAUGUUUUAUUUGAAACAAUUAACAAUGCAGGUAUUAUUACCUUAAAUAGGCCAAAAGCUCUGAAUUCCUUGAACACAUCCAUGGUAUCUAAGUUACUUCCACAGUUACGUGAAUGGGAGAACAGUAAAAAUUUAGUAAUAAUUAAAGGUGCUGGGGAUAAAGCAUUUUGUGCUGGCGGUGACGUGAAGCUAGCAAUUGAUAAGGUAGAAGGUCCAAAAUUCUUCUACACUGAGUAUAAUGUAAAUUAUCUUAUCGGGAAAUAUAAAAUUCCAUACAUAGCAUUUAUUAAUGGAAUCACGAUGGGCGGUGGACUUGGAAUGUCUGUUCAUGGGAGGUAUAGAGUCGCUACUGAGAAAACAAUUAUUGCAAUGCCUGAGACUAAGAUAGGACUGUUUCCGGACGUUGGUGGUUCUUAUUUCCUACCAAGACUGCAAGUUAAUUUAGGAUUAUACCUGGGUUUGACUGGAGAUAGGUUAAAAGGCAAAGAUGUUGUAAAAGCAGGUAUAGCAACUCACUUUGUAUCUAGCAAACGAUUGUAUGAAUUAGAAAAGCUUUUGCUAAGAUGCACCAGUGAAAUGGAAAUACAUUCUUUACUUAACAAAUUCAAUGAACCGCCUGAAGAGUUUUCAUUAGCUCCAAACAUCAAACAUAUUAACUACUGUUUUGCUGCUUCUACUGUCGAAGAGAUCAUUGAGAGACUUGAAAAAGUUCAAAAUGAAUGGUCUGUUAAGACCUUAAAGACAUUAAAUCAAAUGUGCCCUGGUUCACUUAAAAUUACAAUGAGAGCAUUACAAAGAGGGGCACAGUUGGACUUGCCUCAAUGUCUUAAAAUGGAGUAUCGCCUUACUUGCCGAGCAACUGAGAACCACGACUUCCCAGAAGGAGUCCGAGCUCUACUUAUCGACAAGGACAACAACCCCCAGUGGAAGCCAAAGACCUUAGCGGAAGUGGAUGAUGGUUAUGUCGAGAGCUACUUUAAGAAGCUCCCAGAAGAUAGAGAGCUCAAAUUCUUUGAUGCUAAACUUUAAACUUUAGAUAUAGUUAUAUUUCAUAAUAUACUCUGCCAUAUAUAAAGUCAGUGAUAAUUAAUAAUUUUUUUAAAACGAUGUGCUAUAAUGAAAAAAAGUCUAGAUCUUUCUGAUAUUACUAUUAUAUUGUUUUUAGCAAACUAAGAAGAAGUAAGUUAUCAAUUACCUAUAUAUGAAAUAUAUAAAAAUAAAAUUAGGGGAUUUAUCAAUUGAUGUGUACAUAACGCUAAAUAAAGACGACCAGCGCCACAUGCUUUCAAAAAUAUUUCGCGUUAGUUAAAAAUAUAAUUUUACAUUAUUCUUAUUCGAAAAAAAAGUGCGUGUAACUUAAAACCUGACCACGGCCUCUCCACCAAAACGCGAGCGAAGCCACAGACGGAAACUAAUUUUAAAAUAAUGUUGAUCUUCUGAUUCAACAUUCAACCUCCAUCGAAAUGAAUUCCUGGCUUCGGUUUUGGAUAUAUGUUGUGGGUGGUCCUUAGAUUACAAGAAAAAAAUCCACUAAUUAAGGUGAAAAAUUAUGUUUUGCUUACGGAGCUGUUUCAUUUAAGCAGUAGGUACCAUCUAUAAUACUAGUGCAAGUCAAAAAUUAAAUUAUUAAAAAACAAUCUGCAUGUUUGUUUAAAAUGUAAACAUGAUACGUACGAUAUCUCCCCGGCACUGUAUUUAAAAAUGCGGGGUUUAAUUUUUGUUAUUAUAAACAAAUUUUUAAAUUUAUAUAAAGGAUACUUAUAAGUCAAAAUCCAGCUGGGAUCUUCAGUAAUGCAGGGUACGUUAUAUACUUAAAAGUUUAAGCGAAAUAACUCGAAAUAAAGAUCUUAAUCAGUUUAAUAAUGUUAAUGUAACAUUAUGUACUGAAUUAUAUAUCUAUCUCAAGUGUCUUAUUACUUAUAUGAUAAUAUUAAGUUGGUAUUGUUUUUUAUAGACAUACUGUAUAAAUAAUAUUCUUAAAAAUAAUUUUAUAUAUGAAACAUAACAAUAAAUAUUUACUACAAAUUGAAUUUAAAACUAUUUUUACAUGUUUUUAAUAAAAAAAAUUGCUAUGAAAUUUGAAGAUGUUUUUCAUUGGCUGUGUUUUUAUACAAAUAUCAAAUCAUAUGUGGGCAUUUAUUUUUGUAUCUUUAUAAUGUACUCGUACAUAUUGUUUUAACAAAAAUAAAACAGGCAACUAAAAUAAACUAAA